CCCCGGGGCGGAGCGGGAGGCGGGCUGGGGCCGCCCCUGCUCGGGGGCAGCCUUCAAAUAGCGGCGUUGGGCUCAGCACAGCGCAGCGCUCCGGCUCUUUGCACCAUGGGCGGCAAGAAAGUGUGCAUCGUGGGCUCGGGCAACUGGGGCUCGGCCAUCGCCAAGAUCGCGGGCAGCAACGCGGCGCGGCUGAGCACCUUCGAGAACCUGGUGAGCAUGUGGGUGCUGGAGGAGGAGGUGGGCGGCCGGCGGCUCACCGAAAUCAUCAACACGGAGCACGAGAACGUCAAGUACCUGCCGGGACACAAGCUGCCCCCCAACGUGGUGGCAGAGCCAGACCUGCUGAAAGCCUGCGCCGGGGCCGACGUCCUCCUGUUCGUGGUGCCCCACCAGUUCAUCGGCAAGGUGUGUGAGCAGCUCAAGGGCCACGUGAAGAAAGAUGCUAUCGGGAUGUCGCUCAUCAAGGGGGUGGACGAAGGACCAGAUGGGCUGAGGCUGAUCUCAGACAUUAUCCACGAGAAGCUGGGAAUCGAGAUGAGCGUCCUCAUGGGGGCCAACAUCGCUAACGAAGUGGCAGAAGAGAAGUUCUGCGAAACAACCAUCGGGUGCAAGAACGCGCAGUACGGGCAGAUCCUGAAGGAGCUGAUGCAGACACCGAAUUUCCGCGUCACGGUGGUGCAGGAGGCUGACACCGUAGAGAUCUGUGGGGCCCUGAAGAACAUCGUGGCUGUAGCGGCUGGUUUCUGUGAUGGGCUCGGCUUCGGGGACAACACGAAGGCUGCGGUUAUCCGGCUGGGACUGAUGGAGAUGAUCGGCUUCGCCAAACUCUUCUGCAAGGGCCCCGUCACCCCCUCCACCUUCCUGGAGAGCUGCGGGGUGGCUGAUCUCAUCACUACCUGCUACGGCGGUCGCAACCGCAAGGUGGCUGAGGCUUUUGCCAAGACUGGGAAGUCUAUUGAGCAGCUGGAGAAGGAGAUGUUGAACGGGCAGAAGCUGCAGGGUCCCCAGACGUCUGCCGAGCUGCAUCGCAUCCUCAAAAGCAAGAACAUGGUGGAGAAGUUCCCCCUCUUCACAGCUGUAUAUCAGAUCUGCUACGAGGGCAAACCCGUUACUGAUGUCAUCAAGUGUCUCCAGAACCACCCCGAGCACAUGUAAGUGGGCUCUGCCUGCAAAAGCACCGAUCCUGCUGAGACGAGCAGAGAGCUCCUGCCCGCACCAACUUGCUGCUGCCACAACUUUGCGAGGAGUCCAGAUUUCCUGGGAGCCUUUGCAGAGCGCUGGAAGGGCAGAUGUUCCCCUUCUCAGCCCUGGAGACUGCCAGCCUGAGCCUGGCAUCUGCACGGAGGUACCUGCUGAUCCCCCCUCUCUCUUCGAAGGGCUCGUUUAGCUUCUGCUUCUGUCUAGGGUCUGCCCUGAGCGGGGCUGAGCGUCUUCCUCCUUUCACUUUCUUUCGCUGCGAUGGAUUCCGUUCUCAGAGGGACUCUGCUAAGUCGUCUUGAUCAAUACGGGCUAUGCAGGAGGCACUGCCUUGGAGGGCAAGCUUUGCUAUUAGCCCCAUGGGGCCACUUCGCAUGACACCAGCUCUUUCCUGCUUGCUGCUGUUGCUUUGGGCUUUGCCGCCUCGCAGAGGGGGCACGGUUCCCUGCCAGGCUCCACCAGAGACUGAAGCUCCUGAGGACUUUCAAAGGGGCUGACAAGCACUCUUCUUUCUAAGAAGCACCAACAGAGAAAAUAGCUCUUUGCCACCCUGCCAUGUGCUGCUUCCCCAGCCACCACCAGCUGCUCCUGCUGAACGGGACGGCCGAGGCUCUGUGCGUGUGAGGACGGCUCCGGAGGGAGCCCUCAGAGCUCAGUUAUCCAGCUUUUUGCUCUCACACCCAAGCCUGGCCACUGACCCCUUUUGUCACCAAUUUGUCUGUGCUAAUUCCAUGCCCUCUGCCUGUCCCUGGGCAGCCCUCCUCCCUCGCCUUGGUUCGUCCUCUGGCUGGCUUUGGCAACGCAGGGACCAACUGCCCCAAAGUUUUUCUGAGCAGCUGGCAGGCAGCACAGCCCUUGGCAGUGUACCUGCCGAAGCAGUUGGGCCAUGGUGCUUUUAGAUGAGUGACCCGCAGCAGCUUUUGCCUUCACUCUUGCUCUGCUCUGUGCCGUAGGCUGGGCUUUGCUUCUUCCCGUGGCUUUAUAGGAGCUGAGAAAAGCAGGUUCCACGCUUUCCCUGCCGCCCCUCGUGGGAGGGUGCUGGAAAUUGCCCGCUAGCGCAAGGGGCAGCACAGGACGUGAUCCACAGAGGUACAGGCAGACCUCCAGCAUCACAAGAGAGGACAGAGGUCUCGUGCCUCAUGCUGUGCCUUUGAAACUUGCCCCUUGUCCAGCUGGCUGCCACGUGCCUCUCUGGGCCUCUGAAGCUGGUUCACUCUGCUCGUGUUUGCUCAGGGCCGCGUGGCCGGCGGUUCACUGAUCCCUGUCAGGGCUGGCAGGCUGCUGGAGCUGCUGCAGAUCUCGCCCCCGUUCCGGGUCCUAGUGCCAUUGGGUCUCUGACUAGCAGUGUACUUUAUGAAUGUUUAAAAUCAUAAUAAAUUUGGAGAGGGAAGGGGCGGCGCACGCUUUUCUCUGCGGUUCCCGUGCAUCGUUCUCUUUGGGUUGGUGCCCGCUGGUCUCACUAAGAGUGCAGGAGAGGGCACUGGCUGUUCCCUCCUGGCUCUGCACCCUUGUGUGCUGUUCCAGAAAUGAGUAAGAGUGCCCCUGCAGGACAAUGUUGGCUCAGAACAUAACGCGGUGUCCCACUUGCGUUUUCUCAGCAGCAGUUCCUGUGUUCAAGUCUGGCUGUAGGACUGGGGAGGGCAGAAACUGCAGCGCUGAGAUGGGUCUAGGAUCCUAACCUGGGGCUGGCAGAAAUCAUGCCAGGGUCCCACUGUGUCACCUGUACCCCAGACUUUGAUGUCUUAGCUUCUUGGGACGGUCUGUGCUGUUUUAUUCAUCUCUCUCCAGCUUCUUUUCCCUGCUGGACUUGCCUCAUCCCUGCUUUUCUUUGAAACACAUCUCGUACUGAGUGACCUUUCCAGGACUGUUAGUUCUCCGCUCGCCCUCUUGCUAGGGGAAUUUAAUCUGCUGGCAGUGCAGUUGUUUCUGUGCCUUUUAUUAGACACGCAUUCUCGGUAGCACCCUACGACCUUUAAAUUCAACUGAGCGAUCGUUCAGAAAGUAGCCAACAUCGGCUUCCUCUGAGAAACUUCAAUGAGCUUGGAGGAAAAAUAAAGGAAGUCCGGUGUCUUCUUGCA